CUUGCUUCCAGGAAGGCAGACAUGCCUUGCCUGUGUUCUGAGAAGAACUGGAGGCAGUGGAUCCGCCCAGUGGCAAUCAGCAUCUACCUGCUAUCCAUCAUCGUGGCGGUGCCGCUGUGUGUGUGGAAGCUGGAGAAACUGGAGGUGGAUAUUCAUUCCAAAGCUUGGUUGCUGGCUGGGAUCUUUUUAUUGAUGACCAUCCCUCUUUCUCUGUGGGACAUCUUACAACAUCUGGUCCACUUCACACAGCCUGGGUUGCAAAAGCCAAUUAUCAGAAUACUUUGGAUGGUGCCGAUUUAUAGCUUGGAUAGUUGGCUGGGAUUGAUAAAUCCCAAAAGCGCCAUAUAUAUGAACACGUUUAGGGAGUGCUAUGAGUGCUAUGUCAUCAUUAACUUUAUGAUUUUCUUGACCAACUAUUUAACUCAUCAAUACCAAGAUCUAAUAGCCGUUCUCGAAGUCAAAGAGCCACAAAGACCAUUCCCACCUUUUUGUUGCUUCCCACCUUGGCCAAUGGGGGAGAUUUUUGUCUUUCAAUGCAAACUAGGAGUCUUCCAGUACGCGGGAGUCAGAGCAGUCACCACUGUGAUUGCUUUAGUAUGUCAGCCAUUUUCCUUAAUUCAAGAAGGACAAAUUAGUUUUAAAAAUGUCUGGAUUUACUUAACUCUAAUAAACACUGUAUCACAAAUGUUGGCGAUAUACUACCUGUACUCAUUUUACAAGAUUUUCAGUACAGAGCUGGAGACGCUCCACCCAUUCGGAAAAUUUUUAUGUGUCAAAGUGGUUCUGAUUUUCACUUUUUGGCAAGGACUUAUUAUCGCUCUGCUGGUGAACUUUAAUGUAAUAUCUAAAGCACGUUUGUGGGAAUGGCAUUCACCAGAAGAGGUGUCCACCGGGCUGCAAGAGUUUCUCAUUUGUGUGGAGAUGUUCGUAGCAGCCAUAGCCCACCACUACGCCUUCUCUUACAAGCCCUACGUGCAGGAGGGGGAAGAGCAAGUCUCCUGCUUCAGCGCGUUCCUGGCGAUGUGCGACUUGUCCGAUCUCAAAGACCAUAUCUGUGAGCAAUUAGGACACUUGGCACGGAUCUUCAAGGACCAGCGCAGCCGAAAGGCCACAGCGGGCCACAACGAAAAGGAAAACACCACCUCGGCGCUGCCGUCCGUGGCCAAGAGCCCUUCCUCGGGGGAGGAAGAGGAGAUGUUUUCCUCGACCUCCUCCGCGCCAUUCUUUGGCCCGAGGCGCCCGGAGUACUGCGUGAUCACCAUCCCCGAGGAACGGUGCAGCGAAGGCGCCGAGGACAGCGUCGCGAUCUCCAUCCCGGAGGAAUGGGGCAGCGACAGCGCGGAAGGAAGGCGCGGGCUGGCGGAGGACUGAGGCGGGGCCUCUUGUCCUCCCCUGCCAGGCUGGGCUCGCGCGCAUCUGUGCUUCAGACAGGUUCUGAGCACGGGUGCGAGCAGCCUGUCCGCUGCCGCCUUCGCUGCGAGUGGAAAGCGGGUCUUCCACGCGUGGAAAGCGUGGUCGGGAAGAGGAGGACACUUGCUGGAGUCCCGGAUCGCUCGGAGGCCACACAGAAGUCCUUGGCUCGCCGCCGUCCUACGCGGCUCGGCCACUGACCACAGCGAGCGCCGCGCCGGCCCCAGGGGGCGCUGCACUCGCGCUGCCGCGGAUCCCGCAGAUUGGAUGGCCGAGGUCACCUGUCCAUCAGCUGUGAAUAUCAGUUGGGCAAACAAGGGGAAAACUACACAAGAGAGGACGAUGAACCGUGAACACCGUGAGUGCUUAGGAUUUUCGUGUAAUGUAGUCCAGUUUGGAAUAAGGCUUGAUCUUUUUUUUUCUUCUUGUUUUGGUGGUGUUAGCAAUUGAAUUCAGGGCUUCAUGUGUGCUAGGCAAGCACUCUACUGCUGAGCUAUGCCGUCAGCCCAUCAUAAUAAGUAUAUUCUUUAAGGAAGUCCAAAAGCCAUCUAGUACCUUAAUUACAUUGAUUGAAAGAGAAAACAUGGAACUAGAAGCAAAGGAGAAGCCAGAGAGGAAAGCAAACAAGGACCAAACCUUCAGCAAGUGUUGAUGAACACAUGCAGACAUGGAAGCAUAAAAUGUGUCUGAUGGUUGAGGAAGAAAAUGAAGCCAAAACUAUGAAUGCAUAUUUAUGGCAUAAUCAAAAUGUACAAUAUUCAUGCAUUUAAAGGCACUUCUUUGAAAGGGAUCGGAGUCAUCUGUUUAUUGUGAUGUAUUAUGUAGUUUCACUUUUAAAUGCAGCCGCUCUACUGAAGUUUUUGAUCAUUAACAUUAACAAGUAAUAAA